AUGGCAAAAACCGUAUUGAUCGUGGAAGACAACGAGCUGAACAUGAAACUGUUUCAUGAUCUGCUGGAAGCUCACGGCUACAAUACGCUGCAGACCCGAACCGGUAUAGAAGCGCUGCAGCUUGCCCGUGAUCACCACCCGGACCUGAUUCUGAUGGAUAUUCAAUUGCCGGAAGUGUCUGGAUUGGAAGUGACGAAGUGGAUCAAGGAAGACGACACCAUUUCCUCGAUACCGAUCAUUGCCGUGACUGCGUUUGCCAUGAAAGGUGACGAAGAGCGCAUUCGCCAGGGCGGAUGUGAGGCUUACAUUUCGAAGCCCAUUUCAGUCGCGAAAUUUCUGGAAACCGUGCGGGGAUAUCUCGGCGAAGCCUGA